UAAAGCUCAAGAAAAAUUGCUAUAAUCAUUAGUAAUUUUUACUAAAAUCGAAAAUUACUAUCGGAUUAUAAUAAAUUUUACUAUGUUGCAUAGUAAAAAAAGCGAGAAAAAAUAGCUAUAUUUACUGCCACGGGAAAAAAAAAAAACGCGCGCGGCGCAUGACAACGCUAUUCAGGUUAGGUUCGUCAUGCCAUUGCCGGUCUUUUGAGUUGUGUCAACAUUGCCAGUGCUGAUCGUUCUGUUGGAAAUUUCGUGUUGACAGUCUGAAUUGGGUAAUUUAUUUCGAUUUCUAUAUGGCUUUGAGUAAUGUUUGUUAAAAAUGGCUGAUGAAGGGAAUCAUGUAGAGUUACAGAGUCAAGACGACGUUCAGGACGAAUCAGGCAAUGCAGGCCCAUUAAAAGACAUCACAAACAACAAUGAAAUUAUUCCAGCUAACAUUACAACUAAACAAGUAAAACAAGACGUAGAUCAAGCUCCUGCAAUUGCUACAUAUAUCAGCACUGGUUUGCUAGAGUAUUUGAAAAACAAAACCGAGGGCAAAGCAAUUCUUAAUCACUAUCUCAAAUCUCAAGAAAAAAAUCUUCCUUUAAACAAAAAGAUUAGAAACAGGCUGUGUAGGUUAGUGAUAGCGAGAGAAAAAGAUCACAUCUUGAAAGACGUGAACGUUGAUGAACAACUAGAAAAGUUUAUUAUUUCAAAAAAACGAUUUGAAGUCCUAGCUAAUGAAAUAGGAAAUAUUUUCAAGUAUGAAUGCGCUGCUACUUAUUUCAAAGAUUACGUGCAAACCAUCCAUAAUUCAAAAAAAAUCACAGUGUUAGCUACUGGAAAACUUUGGAACCAUUACAAUUAUUAAAAAAAAAACUAAAGGAUGAUCAUCUUUUGCGUGAAAAAUUGAAUAGUAGACCAACAAAUUUUUUUAAUGACGAGGAAUUAGGGAAUGCACUCAAUGAUAAUCACAUUGAAUGGCUUGAAAGUCACAUUGAACCUUGGAAUGAAGUGUUUGAGAGGUGGACUUAUUCUUUUCAGUUGCGAAGACUUCUGUUAAAACAAUCUACCUUAACUGUAUUCGAUUACAUUAGUAAAUUUCCGUGCUUGAAGAAUCAAAAUGCCAAUCAGCUGUUUGAUGUAGAUUAUGAGUUGUUAUUUCCUAAUAAUCCAUUCAUCGAGGCUGAGCAAUGGGAAAAAGUUAAGCAAGCUUUAAUUACAUCUAUAAAUAAUGAAGCAAAAAUAACAAGCAGAAAUGACUCUAUUCUACUUGGGCUUUUAGUAUCUGGCGAUCUGAGUUCAGAUAAGCAAAAAUCAUUCGAACAUACCCUAACCUACAUAUAUUGAUGUUAUAUUUCAUGUAUAAAAUGUAAUAAAAAUAGCGUAACAUUUACAGUGAAUAAAAAGUUGUAGUGCAA